UAUCUAAAAAUUUAAAAGUUUUUCGCAGAAUGGACUGAGUGUAGAUUUUGUAUUUGUUUAGGAUUUUUGUUUCUUUUAUUCUUUCUGUUACCUUAUGGAUACUGAUAAUGAAACGACGAACAUUGACUUAAGCUUUAUGGUUCCCAAUAAAAGCUCGCUGGACAGAGACACGGGAACCGUGGUACGAAAAAACAAGAAAAAAUCGAAUCAUAGAGAACCGCCGUGCGAAAACGAUGACGUCAGUGGUGACGUACACAAAGACAAAAACGAUCAACAUGACGUUAUCAUUGCCAACGGUACGAACGACAUGGAUCAAAAACCAGAAACUGGUGAAAAUACUUCAGAACCGAAUAUUAACUUAAGCAGAGACGAACUACUGAAACUUUUAAGCGUUUUUGAAGGGGAGUUACAGGCUAGAGAUGAAGUUAUAUCAAUAUUAAAGACAGAAUGCUCACAAAACCCGGAAACGAGGUACGGACUUACAAGUCAGCCGUUAAAGGCGCUCCAACGUGACGCUGCGUCUUUGGAUCUUACAACACAAACGCCCGAAAGCGAACAAACAAAAGAACAAAUGAAAAAGAUAAUUCAGCAUCAAAAAGACUCCUACAAACGACUGAAACAGAUCCUUCUGACAUCGGAGGACAAAUAUCAAAGGAUGGGAAUCGAACUAGAGGAAGAGAAACGGAAGCACCAAGAGUACAUGAUGAAAUCAGAUGACUUCGUUAACUUAUUAGAACACGAUAGAGAACGUCUAAAGCAAAUUAUUGAACGGGAAAAAUCAACCCAUGACCGGAAAGAAAGAGAACUCGUUCGAAAACUUCGUGAAAAUAAAGACGAGCUAUCGCGGUUGAAAAGUUUAUCAUUGGAGCUUGUGGAAGAGAGACAACGACAGCUGCAGGCGCUGAAUGAACAGAGGCAACUGGCUAGCACGCAGAAACGUCAGUUCGACGAACUACAAGCGAAGGUGACAGAGGCAGAAAAAUUGACUGAAACUGAAAGAGAACACGCACUACAGCUUGAGAAUGAACUUGAGGAACAAACAAAUAAAUUCUAUAAUGAAAACGAGGAGCUUACAGCAAAACUUUCGGCACAAGAAGAGAAAAAUUCGCAACUGGAGGACAAGAUUACGACUAUGAGCAAGCAGAUGCGAAAAUUAAAGAGCGUGGAUAAAAAUCUUCGAAAGACAGAUGAUCAGCUUUUCCGAAUCAGAGAGAAACUAGAACAAGAGGAGAAACAUGAAGAUCUCUUGGAAGAGGUUGAACUCCUUAGGAAGACUGUAAAGGAGAUGCAAGAAGCAGAAAAAAUAUAUGCACAGGCUCAGGAAGAAUGUAAAGAUGUGAGAACCGCUCUUGAAUUGGAAGUUGAAUCGACCAAGCUGAUGAGAGUAGAGAUGGAAAAACUAAGGAAGAACGCUCGCAACCAGAAAGAGAUGGAAAGAUGCAUUGAAGAGGCGAACUUCCGGUUUGAUGAGAUUAAAUCUCAGUUUGAAUCGGAGAGCAAAAAAGCGGAGAAAAUGAGAAAGCAGUUGGAGGAAUACGAAACUAGAAUUGCAAAAUAUGAUGAAUGUGAAGCAGCCAUGAAAAUGGGGGAGACAAAAAUAAAACAAUGCCAUCUAGUGAUCGGGGAGCUUCGUGAAGAAAGAGAUGCCAUGGAAACAAAAUACACACUGGAAACUGACAAGUGUGGUCAGUGUAAAGAACUACUGGAAGAUGAAAGAAAUAAGGUUACAGAGGUCACACAAAAAAUGAUCGAAGAAAGCAAGAAGGUUCUCAAACUUAAGGAACAGCUGGUGGCACUGGAGAGCAAAAAAGCUGAAGACGCAGAAGUUUUGCAUCAAAAAGUUGAAGCGCUUAAAGACAAACUUGACCAAUCAAGUUCUAAGGAAAAGGUUGUGCAACUAGAAACUACAAUCAACAAUCACCGAAAGCAAGUUGCAAUGCUGAAAACUAGACUUGAUCAGUUGGAAAAUGAAAACAGUUCCCUGGAAAAGCAGGCAGCUGGUGCAAAAGAGGAAGAAAAAAAAGCAAAAACAAAUUUAAAAAUAUCCACUGACAAACUGAAGAAACUGGUGUCCCUUGGACUUAAUGAACAAGUGGUAGUAGCCAAGUAUGAGGAGUAUAAGCAAAGACACAAUGAACUAGAAACUACAAACGCAUCUUUAAAAAAAGAACUCGAGCAAUUAGAAGGCAGGAUCUUACAACAGAAGGAUCCAAAUGCAAAUAACAAUAAUAUUCUAUUAAAGGGAAUAUCAAUGUUACAUGCAUCUACGCAAACAACUGAAGAAAGAACAAAAUCUCCUUCUUUGUCCAGCAACGUACCAAUCCGAAGGCCUUCUCCCACUCCUGGGGAGUCAGGACGCUCUUCUUCAGUCAGGAGGUCAUCCGGACAUACUUUAACGAAGAGGGAUUCAGUAACAUCAAUAAAUGGAAGACAUAAACAAAGUGUGACUUUAACUCCAAGUAAAAAGCCUGGAACCAUCACAAAACAAGACAGUAGCAAAACAAAAGGAUCCAUUAUGGUGAGACUAAAUGGUGCCAGUGAUCCUGCACCUCAUCCUGUUUCCAUGACGAUCACACAUGAUCCUGGAGAGGAGACUGCUCCAACUUUUAAAAUCAUCCGCGACCAGAAAACGGGAAGUCCACACAUUGAAACAAGUGUUAAUGAAGGGAAGAAGGGAAUUCAAAUUCGAAUGAAUAACACAGGAAAGACAGCAGACAAAACACCUACCACAAAUCGUCCACCUAGUUCCUCUUCAUUGGGAAGAUCUACCAUGAAAAGUAAAGUGACAAGCAGAGUAAGUAUAACUCCAACGACAAGCAAAACACGUUCAGAAAGUAAAACAAGGUCGGAGAGCAAAACUAGGAAAUCACUGCAAACCACACGCAGACCAUCGAUCUCACCAACAAGGAUUCCUAAAUUCCGGACUGGUGCUGCCACGCCACCUGCCACGCCCACUAUAAGUAGAGCAUCACGCACAAUCAUACAAAGCAAGCCACGUUAGAAACUCUACACUGAUGCUGCUCACUUAAGUUUCACUCCAUGAGGUACACUGUGCCCAUUGGCGCAAAGUGAAGAUAAAUAUGUGUUUUCAGUACAAAACACACCAAGUUUAAAAAACCUAAACUUAGCAAACUAAAAUAUUAAAAAUAAACCACACUUUUAAGGCAAAUUUUGCUGUUAUUGAAACACCAUUACAAUAUGGCCUAAAUGAAAAGGUAUAAACUGCCCUUUUCUUUACAAUAAAUAAUAAUAUCUACACUCUUAUAAAGUUGCAAUUUCUUUUACACAUACUUUCUUUUAAACUCUAAUUGUACAUUAUUUUUAGAAGCAAAAAUCUAACCUAUGAUUUCUCUUUUAUAUCUGGUGACUCUAUAAUGUGGACAAAUGUUCUAGAAAGAAUUCGUAUCUAUUAGUAAACAUUUGCAAUUUUUCCGCCACAUAUUUUUCAAAUGCUACUUUACUUUUACACUGCA